CAUUUGCCAAGUCGCAAUAGCACCAUCCGAGCCCUCCUCCGCAGUCGCAACUACUUGAAGAUGGUGGUAAUACCAACGCCCGUGACGACGCCCGCGAAGGCCAAGACCGUCGCCAAGCUGCCCAACAGCUACAAGCACGACCUCGCUGUGCGCACAGUGCAGAUCCCGCCGUCGGGCGCCAAUUCGCCGUGGCUUGACGCCUCCAAGCCGUACGUGCCCGUGUUCCAGGAGCAGUACGGCACGCAUUUGACGGCAAACGAGACGUCGAGCUAUUACACGCUUAGCGAGUCGGGCCAAGCGGGUAUUGAAGCGGCAACGACGUCGCUUCACGAGCUCUUCUUCGAGGCCACUGCGUAUGUACUGGCGCAUGAGGCCGAGAUGGCGCCCUUCUUCCACAUUCCAUCGGCGCUCUGGCCCAAGAUCCAGCGCUCGUUCCGUGACAACAAGCGCGACAUAGUGUCCGGGCGCUUCGACUUUGCCUUGACAGAAGACGGUAUCAAAGUGUACGAGUACAACGCUGACUCGGCGUCGUGUCUCUUUGAAUGCGGCCACACGCAGGAUGAGUGGUCGCGUGCCGCUGGCGUCGACUCGAUUGGUCGCAGCUCGAGCACGACGCUAUUCUCUCAGCUCGUCGACGCGUGGAAGGGCAAAAACGUGGAUGGAAUUCUCCACUUGCUUUGCGAUGACGACCACGAAGAGCGAUACCACUCGAUGUACAUGAUGUCGGCCGCGCAGGCCGCCGGUAUCGACUGCGUUCUUGUUGUCGGCGUCGACAGCCUCUCGUGGUCCAACGGCGCCAUCGUCGAUGCCAAUGGCCGUGAAAUACGCAACGUCUGGAAGACGUGGGCGUGGCAAACCGUCAUCUCCCAGUUUGAGGCGUCGCUCGAAGCGCCACAGAAGCGCGUGCAGGUCAUGGACGUCAUGCUGCACGACGACGUCCGCGUCUUUGAGCCGCUCUGGACCGUACUUCCAAGCUCCAAGGCGAUCCUUCCAAUCCUCUCGCAGCUGGCACCAGAGAACUCGUACCUCCUCCGCGCGUCUUUCGAUGAAGCUGCAGUGGCGACGUAUGUUGGUGGCUACGUAGCCAAGCCCGUGAUGGGCCGCACGGGUGCGAACGUCUCUAUUUAUGACGCCAGCACCAGCUCAUUAGCGCGACGGCCGGCAAAUGGGACCAAGACACAAUCGUGUAUCAAGAAAUCGCGCUUCUCCCGCAGUACGAAGACGGCAAGUACGUGCAGGUCAACACUUGGGCCAUUGACGGCAAAUACGGCGGCACUGUGCUCCGGAUUGACGAGUCCAACAUCAUCGGGCUCAGCUCCGGCAUUCACGCCAUGCGAGUUGUGGCAGACGAAGUCGUCGCCUAAGCGAUUCGCCUGAGGUUGCAGCGAUCAAGAACUACCGCAACAAACUUUUAUAUCAACACAUAAUGAUGCCCACUACUUAUUUAGUAAUGAAUAAUUAUGCAUGAACAUAUUGC